AUGAAGCUGUGGACGAUGCGAUGGUACCAGUUUCGUUCGUUCCAUGCCUUUGUUUCCACUUGCCGCGCUCAGGCUAGUAUCUGCAAGGAAGUCAGCUACUGUUGGCUUCCUACCCUGUUGAUACUUCACGAGCUCAAGGGCGAGAUGCCAGACUUGGCCCAUUACAUCAACUUCCAGAUUGGUGAAUCUCCUGAUGAACCUGAACGUAUGAUGUACCGCCAGUUUGACAGAAUCGUUGGAGGUAUCCUGCAUACUUUGAACAGGGACAACCAAUCCUCCUUGCAGAGGGUUCAUUCUUUCCUCUUCAAUCUUUGGAUUAGCUCCAGCUUGCAGAAGGCUGACCACUGUAAGCUGCACCGAGAGCCGGCACAGGGAAGCGGAUGCGGACAACGCUCACGCUGCCGCGCGCGCCGGGGAACCUACACCUACACGUUCCUUCCCAUUAUACAACAAGAAUACCUACAUCUUCCCGAUACAAGCCAUAUGAAAUCCUGGAGUUGGAUAGAGAAUUCGAAAGGAGGUCGGACACGGAUGAAGGUUACGACGUCCCGAAGUCAAAGAGUCACCAACUAG